AUGUCCACAGGAGAUUACAACAUACCGCUGGAGCAAGCCUUCCUUCGAUGUUUCAGACUGUUAGCACGAAACACGGACGUCCUGCACCGCUUUCUUGAUGCCAUGAAAGAGGGUUUGGAAAAUGCGGAGACGCAGAUCCACGAGGUGGUGCUUUUGCUGUACAAAGGUAUUUGGCUGUACUACUUUAGUGACCAAAAAGAGGAGGCUCGACUCGCAUGGGUUCGAUGCUUGGAAAAGAGCAUAGAGUCAGACAGUACUUCAGAACGGAACCUAGCUGCCACACUGCUGAGCGCUGACCGUCUCGAGGUUUUGGCGGCUACUCCGGAGGCGGAACAUCCCCGCCUUGUCGAACGCAUGAAAUGGUUCGCCGAUAUACAGGGCUCCCUCGGCUUUACGUCCUCAAGCUCGCACCUUGCUUCGUACUACAUGCUCCAAAAAGACCAUCUCGCCGCUCGAAGCGUCCUCCAGGCCAGACUAGAGUCAGCCUUCGAACAAUUGUCGGACGAAUAUGAGUUCAACGACAGUAGUGCUUAUUACGACUUGGGUUGCACCUUGGCCCAACUUGGUGACAAGGCCAAUGCCUUGGCCGCGUUCUCUCUUCGACUUCCCUGA